AUUCCUUUUAAGUCUAUUUUUCCGUCCAGAUUCAUUGUUUAAACAAAUUAUAUAAUAGGAGAAGUUGUUCACAGGAGUUAACAAUGGCAGUUGAGAAAUCUGAGGAAGAAUGGCGUGCUAUUCUAUCUCCUGAGCAGUUUCGAAUCCUCCGUCAGAAAGGAACUGAGCUAAAGGGAAGUGGUGAAUAUGACAAGUUUUUUGAUGAAGGAAUUUAUAACUGUGCUGGUUGUGGAACUCCAUUGUAUAAAUCCUCAACCAAAUUUGACUCUGGCUGUGGUUGGCCUGCUUUCUUUGAGGGUCUUCCGGGGACGAUAAAUCGCUCUCCAGAUCCAGAUGGAAGGAGGACGGAGAUUACAUGUGCUGCUUGUGGUGGACAUCUUGGUCAUGUUUUCAAAGGAGAAGGUCACAACACACCCACAGAUGAACGACACUGUGUCAACAGCGUUUCUGUCAAGUUUAUCCCUGCAAAUACCUCAUCUGUUCUACUCUGAAAAUGGUGUCGUUUUCACCUUACCUUAAGACUUGGCAAAUGGUAGAGGGCUGAAGCAACUGUUUGUGAACAUGUUUAUGUUUAGUCUUGAAUGAAUAAUAGAGAUUCAUAGAACCGAUAGUAAACUAUUUCAAGACUGAAGUAUUUUUGAUUUAUUGAUAUAUAUGUUGGUGGCUAUUCAAAGUCUAUAAACACAACCUAUAUCAACCAUUGUGGUUCGAGUUAGGAACCACUCAACAAAUUGCUUCUUUGGGUACUUCUCCUUAGCUUUGUAAAACUUUUGGGUGCUAGAUUUAUUCACUGCAUACCCGCGCAUCAACUUUCUUUCCUUUCUGUCUUUGGGCUGUUUGGUUGGCACGACAUAAUAAAUAUAUCUUCGAGGGAAAACCUUUCUUAGUAACAUGUAUGUCAUGUUACUAAGAAACCAGUCUGCUAAUUCUAACAUUAUGCUUAUUAUGGAUAGUGGUUGUGAUUCAGUUUCAGGCUUAUUUACCGCAGGGGGUGUUUUUAGAAAUAGUGUCAGAGAUUGGAUACUUGGAUUUACAGGGACUUGUCCUACUUCUAAGCCUCUUGAGAUGGAAAUGUGAGCUAUGUUGGUAGGACCUACUUUAGCUCUGCAAUAUGGGAUGAUGCAUCUGGAAAGAAACAUGGACUCACUACAGUUGUUGCACCUACUAAACUCACCGCUAUUUCAUGACUCUCACGUUUACAAGGAACAAAAUGAACUAGCGGAUGUUUUAGUUGUUGUCACCAUAACUACUACUUUGAUGGAUGAUAACACUCUGCUGUUUUGGAACUCUCCAGCAUCCUUGACGAAUAUUUUGCAGGCUGACAAGAAUGGGGAGUUGUAUAGUAGAAGAGUGCAGUCUAUAUCCUACUCCAAUAGGUCUUCUAUGUUUAAUACUAGUUCCACUAGGCAAGUUGUACAUACAUCAUCUGCUAGUUUGGUUGUUUCUGUAGUGCCACAGCCACAACUUAUGACCCUGUAAACUUUUUGCUAUACAAAAAAAAAGAGAUGAUUAUUGAUGA